UUGACCGCUCCUCUUUCCACAGUCAUCUCACAAAAACCUUUAUGCUCAAACAACUGUCAGAAGACCACAACAUUAAAGUUCUAGAAGUUCAAAUCAUAUUCAAUAUACCUUUCAAGACAGACGUUCCAUGAGUUCUGAGGUUGUUAAAUGAUGGUAUAUGCUACUGUAAUAGCCAUUAGACAAUGUGAUUUCAACAUUUUUAAAACAAAUCUUGUUUAGUUGCCAAAUUCUGAAUGAAGUACAAUCCUAAUCCUCCAAUCAGAGAAGUUGCUGUUAACAUGGAAACUGGCACUGCUUCCUGUUUGCAUACUGUCUGCCCUAAAUAGUAUGCAAGAUUAGAAUUAGUGCUUCCCAUAGUGCCAUGCCAUAUUAUGUUGAAAAUCAAAAGUGCCCAGAUAUCAUCAUAAGCAGGGUUGAGUUUUUGAAGGCUAGUAUCAGCUAGCUACUGUAGGUAACAUUAGCUAAUGUUAGCUCGCUAUCUAGCUAGCAAUCUACCUACCCUACUGGAAAAAAAGCCCCAUCUUAAACCAGCUGUUCAGGUUUACGAGUUCUAGAGGUGUAGGGAAACCAGCUGGCAAAACAGCUAAACCAGCUCAAAACCACCCUUUAAAAAAUAUAGAGAUUUGACAAAUUUGCUCAAACUUGGCGCAGAUUUCCCAGUCAUUAUUUUCACAUGCAAAUGAGAUUGCGGUUCACCACAAAUGUUUGCCAGAAGUUUGCAGCUCUUCACCGGUAGUGGUGAAUCUGAAGCAAACCUUUGGUGAGAAUGAAGAGUUUGCAGCUAAGCUCAUUUGCAUGUGAAAAUAACGAGUUGCGGCAAGUUUGCCAGAACUCUCGAUUUUUUGUAAGGGCAACUAGGCCAAGUAAACCACCUUGGUUUAAGAUGGAUGGAUGUUUGUUUUUUCGACAGGUUAAUUAGUUAAUAUUUAAUUUGAAUAAAUUUGACCAUUCACAGUGCUGUAAGGGAUGAAUAGUUUUUAAAACUAUUUAAUUUAGUUACAUUUUCAAAAACUCAAAUCAGACGUUGUACUGAUUUAUCUCAACAUGGUUUUUAUGGUUCAGGUCUUGGGUAGGGGUUCUCAAAUGUUGUGAUUCAUAAAAAUCAAAUGUAUUAAAAUGUAAGAAUAGGGGGAUUAUCUUUGCAUCUGAGUAAUGUGUGGUUUUGAAGAAAAAUGUGUUAUGAGCGUAAGUAUUUUUUCCUUCCUCUCUUUCUGUCUGUUUGUCUUUAGCCCUCUGUGCUUUUUAGUGAAACCCCCUGCUCAAGAAGUCACAGGGUUUGUUUCCAACACUUGUAAUCUCUGUGACCUUUGACCAAGCUAGAACUACAUUAUCUGCAUGCAGUCCAGCAUGCAGACUGUCAGUUCACUCUGUUUGAUUUUAGUGCACACAUGGCACACAUUGUCAUGAACGUAAAAACAUAUGUUGUGUGUGUCAAUUCAUGUCAUGUGAGCUUUUUAGUAACCAGAUACUCUGAAUUUCUUUGGUUACACAUGUAUUGACAAGACACAAUGUCAAUAGCUCUGGCUUCCAUGGCUUCAUACAGUGACAUCUAAUGUAUAAUCAAUGCUUUAUUUAGUCAUUCCAUAAGUGCUUAGAGUACUUCCGAGUGCAUUAGAGUUAAUGGCUAAUGUGUUGUCUUACAAUAAACAUGCUUCCUUUGAGCUCCUCUGAAUGUAAUGAGCAUUUCCUCUACCUAAUGUGUUACAGUAUGUCUCCCCUGCCUGUAAGCAGCCCUGAUAGAUUACAUAUCAUGGGCUCACUGCAUGAAGAGAAUUCAUACUCUGCCAGUAGGCGUUUCAGUGGCUCCAGCACUGGAGUCCCUUCAGACUACAAAGUUUUUCUGGGCUCUGGUUCCAGGGCCUCUUCUAGGGCAAGUUCAGCUCGUGCCAGUCCAGUGGUGGAGGAAAGCUCAGACUUCCUGGAAAAGGGAUCCAGGACAGCCUCCAGCCUCUCUGCUGCAACUCUUGCAUCUCUGGGUGGAGGGUCAUCACGAAGAGGAAGCUGUGAUACCUCGAUUUCAGCUGACACCGAGGCCUCCAUACGGGAAAUUAAGGACUCCCUGGUGGAGGUGGAAGAGAAGUACCGUAAGGCUAUGGUGUGCAACGCUCAGCUAGACAAUGAGAAGACAAAUCUUAUGUAUCAGGUGGACACACUGAGAGAGACACUAAUGGAGCUGGAGGAACUUCUGUGUGAGACACAGAGAAAGUGUGAGGAAAAAACCAGGGAGUUCGAGCGAGAACGGCAUGCUCACAGUCUCCUGAAGUUCCAGUUUGAAGAAAUGAAGGAAAUGCUGAAGCAGAGUGAAGAGUUGUUAGCGCAAGCCCAACAGUCGCGUGGGAAGCAGGAGGACUAUAUUAAAGAGAUCUCUGACCUGCAAGAAACAUUGGAAUGGAAAGAUAAAAACAUUCGGGCAUUAGAGAGGCAGAAGGAGUAUUCAGACAUAAUCCAUGAUGAACAGGAUGCACUCAGGGAUGAGGUUUCACGGCUUAGGGAUGCUUUAAAGAAAUAUGGCAUAGUGCUAGGAUCUGAGGUGACAGCCAAUGGAGAGAUAGCAGAUGGGGUAAUUGAUGGGCAUGCUGAUGUGGAAAUAUCCUCCCGAUUUAAUCAAGGUGCUCGCACUCCCACCAUGAGUGGAGACAGCAUGUUAGACAAAGGUCCAGAACUGCAGAUAAACCCAAGUACAGAGACAGAGAUCCCACAAAACUAUGGGAACACACAGGUGCUUCAGGCGGUGUCAAUGAAGCGUGGAAAUCGGUUAAAUGAAGAAACACAAGUGAAGCAAGAUUUCACUGUCUACACCCCACAAACAGAAGAGAAUGCAAGAGAGGGGACCACAGGCUUUGAGGCACAGAAAAAGAAGUGUUCGCCAGCUGAUGUGGUCAGUUCAGUGGUGGGUUCUUGUUUGAAGGAACACACAAUGCCUCAAGAUGAUUCAUAUUCAGAUGGACUUCUGGCAUUACCCUGUGGAAUAAGGGCUCAGUCAAUUCAAGGACAAGUUCUCCAGAAGACAGGGUUCAACAUGUCAGAGAAUGAAGUUGAACUUCAAAGUCCAGAAUGUAAGCUGUUCUCAGCCAUUGGACAAGCUGGAGUCAUGAAGGAAAACUCACAAAAGCUUGAUACGCCCCUAACUCAAUCAGAGGAAAGCAGAGUCCAAGAAAAAAGUUGUCCAUCUGAGGAUGAAGUCUGGACAUUUAGUACACAAGUUGUAAAAGAAACUCUUUUAAAUGAAGGAAUUAAGACACAGAGGAAUCAACUUAAUUCAACACAAGGUCAAACGGCCCAAUAUGAAUCAGAAAUGGCAGCAUUCAGUAAAUGGUCAAUGUGUGCGGAGGAGGAUUCUGAUUUAGAAUAUUCUGAAAAUUACAAGUCCAUGUGUACUGAUUGCCUAUUUAAAUCCUCACAGGCAAAGUGCCCUCCAAUUAAUGUUGAAGAGCAUGUAACUGUGAUUGUGAACAAAGAAAGCAUGUCAGAGAAUGAAGGAAAUGUUGGUUCAAGCCCAGAAACCUCUCAAAAUAUGAUAAUGAAUCCAUUAAAACCUAAGAGUCAGAUAACAUCUGCAAUGACAGAAUUUGAACCGCAGAGCAGGCAAACAGAGAAUGGGAAAAGCAUAGGAAUCAUUGCUGCCAUGAAAACCUCUCAAGAUCACAUGUUUGAAGCCAAAGACUCUAAUGAAGUGAGUAUUUUUAAUACAAAAGGAGGCAAUGGUGCACAGUCCCAGAACCAACGAGAGACAGAGGUUGAGCCAGAGUGUGUACAGGAAGACUCAUUUAGCAUGCCAGUAGAGUACAAGGGCUUAGCUUUCCUUCUCGAUAGUUGUCAGGAAGCUGUUGCAUGGGAUGCUGCUCUUUUAGAGCUGGAUGAAGUAAGUUUGCACAGCAAUGAACCUCCAAAAGAUGUAACUGUUGCUGUGAGAGGACUGAGUAUAGAAAAUGAAACACAGCCUUUCUUUACAACCAAGCUUAAGACUGAGAGGAUCUUUAGUUUUUUUGUGUCAUAAUUUUUAAGAGACAAUAAGAGACAUUUGCUGAUGUUUAUGAAAAUCCUUUUGAUUUCUUUGUCAAGAACUUGUAAUUGUGUUACAAUGUAGCAAUUUUACUUUAAAAAUUUUUAAUGCAAAUGAAUUCUUUUUUUUUAUUAUUAUUCUGAAACAAAAAAUGUAAAUUUGAAAAAUUACCUGUCAAGAGUGUUUCAAAUACUGUCAACUCAAAACAUUCUAUUUGUGAUUACUGUACUUGUUACCAUAAAUAAAAAGCAAAUGGCAAAACUGUUUGUUGUAUCGUAAUUGUACAAUGUUCUCAUCAAUGGACAUAUACAAAGGUAAUAUCUACUAUAAUAUUUGAUUUUAUAAUAUUAACCCCAUGCACAGUUUACUAUUGAUAUCUAAUAUUUUUUUUUUAAUAAAUUGUUUUAACAGUAAGCUCAGAAGCAUUUUUUAUCUACUGUAUGUAACUGCAGUGGGAAUUUUAUAUUUAAUC